UCCAUCAGUCUCGGAUCUGCAUUCGGUUCGUGCAGGUGUGCUUUUCAGAACCAGUCUCCUUGAUAGACUAGCUAGCAUAGCUUAAGGCCCCCUCGAGUUGGUGGUUUAAUCCCCAUGAAGUUUACUUACUUUUUCUACUUAAAUUUGGCUUGAAGUUGGUGUUUAUGGUGUUCUUUUGAAAACUGUUGAUCCUAGCAUUUCUAAAUCUCCGCGAAAGGUUCGCUUUUGCUGUUUGCUCUGUCCAGUGGCUUUCUAGAAGAGAUCUUUUGCCAAGAAGUUGGGACGAUAGUUAGUUUUGCAAUAGUGCUCACUUCAACCUCUAACGGUGGCGCGCAAAUACCACACGGUUUGGAUUAUUGCAACGUACCACAAGUGUGCUCUCAUGUGGUGUAUGUCGUGAAAAAUGCCGCUCGUCAACCGUCUUGCGCUUAUGGUUUUGCCUUUUGGAAAAGCCUGAGAAUAUAAAUAAAAAAUAUAUUUAUAAAAAAAGCUUCAGAGUGCAAAGAAGUAGAAUAGAGCAAUAAAGCUGGAUAGUUUUGUACCGUGAUCGGUUUGCGCAGUUACAACUCUCUCAGUGAUCGACACCGAAAUCAGCGACUUUUAGUUCGUCAUAGUGAAACUGCACGAAACAAAACGGCUAAACUCGUGAAGUCUCGGAAAGUAAUAGUGAAACAUUCAUUGAAAGGUGCGCACGAGAACUGUCCAAGCGAAUCAGUGUGUACCAAAAGUUCGGAAAAGAAGAAGAAAUACCAGAAGCAAACGAAGAAUAAGAGGUGAAGGUAAAUUCAAAGUGUGUAGAUUGUACAGCACGGCAUAUCAUAUUUUGGAACACACCCCAUCUUACUGCCAGUAGUGGUUGGUCAGCAAAGAUUUAACCUUAACCGCACGGCGAGAUAAAUUGCUCAACAAUUGUUCGAAUCGUGAAGAAAUUGGUGCUGCUUUAGAGUGUGGCUAGUGUGUGGACCAAGAGUGCGAUUAGCCAAUAGUGCGACGAGUUCAAGUUGACUUCUGCUGAGCGGUUUUUUUUAAUUCAAAGUUGUUUCGCUCCUUUCAGACCUUCUCGCGUACAAACGAGUGACACCCUGUAAGGGGACAACAACAACGACGCUCAUUGAGGUCCGACAAACGCUUGUUCAUCUCGUUGCAACAUUUGAUGACUUGCAUGCUUAAUUCAAAUCUCAGAAAUCUGCAAUAGAAACAGAGAAAAAAAACCCCACACUGAACAAGCGCAUCGUCUUCGCUGUUUGCUUUUGAUUUGCAGUGCCAUCGAUUUUGCAUAACCAUCGCUGGAGACCGUUACAAAAAAAAGUCAACCGCGAAACUUUAAAAUUAAUUCAUUCACUGGAGUCGGAGGACUGCAGUAAGGCAUCAGCCAUGCUGCCCUUCGAGAGCUAUCGAUAAAAUCUGCAAAUUCAACUUUUUCGGCUUCUAACUAUCAGCAAAUUCCAAACACCAACGAGAGGGGAAGCGAGCUGCAGGAACUUUCAAUCACCACCAAAAUGACCGCCGUGGAAGUUCACUCAGGCUAUAAAUACUAUGGGAAGUCCAACGACCCAAACAAAAAGAUUGUACUGAAUCACCUGAACAUGAGUGUCACCAGAGGAUCGAUAUACGGUCUUCUUGGGGCAUCAGGAUGUGGUAAAACAACAUUACUAUCGUGCAUAGUCGGGAGAAAAUUUUUGAACGAUGGAGAAAUUAGCGUGCUCGGGGGAACGCCCGGAACCCCCGGCUCUGGAGUCCCUGGACCGAGAAUCGGUUAUAUGCCCCAAGACAUUGCCCUGGUGGAGGAGCUAUCGAUCAAAGAAACGAUCUACUACUUUGGCCGAAUAUAUGGAAUGUCAACCGAGAAGAUCAGGGAACGAUUCAAAUUACUAAAAGAACUCCUCGAAUUGCCGUGCAAUGAUCGACACGUCGGACAUUGCAGUGGAGGCCAGCAGAGACGUGUUUCGUUUGCUGCUGCCAUGGUCCAUGAACCCGAACUGCUGAUCUUGGACGAACCGACUGUCGGUCUUGAUCCCUUGCUACGAGAGAGAAUAUGGCAAUAUUUAGUCGACACUACGAGUACAAGCAAACUGGCUGUGAUUAUUACCACCCAUUACAUCGAGGAAGCGAGACAGGCUUCUUGUAUUGGGUUGAUGCGAAAUGGCAUCCUGCUAGCGGAAGAUUCGCCAAGCAACAUUUUAGAAAGGUUUAGCUGUUCAAAUCUCGAAGACGCCUUUUUAACGCUCUGCCAAAAACAUGGCCCAUCAGAAGAGGCCGAUCAGACGACUCACAAAACGCACACGUUGCGCAGUAUAAAAUCGAUCGACGAUUCCGGUUUCAAAAAAACCAUCCCGCCAUUGACGUCUCCCAGUGAUGAGAAAAAAGAUCUGGGUAGGGGUUUGUAUGAGGAAAAUCUCAUUGCCAAAACCGUAAAACAGCUCAUGAGCAUCACGACAAAGCGAAGAAUGAAUGCCCUGCUUUCGAAAAAUUUUCUACAAAUGAUCCGGCAACCCGCUGGAAUGGUAUUUCUGUUCCUUUAUCCCAUAUUUCAGUUGGUAAGUUUUUACGUAGCUAUAGGUGGUAAUCCGAAAGAUAUUCGGCUAGGGAUCGUGAACGACGAGGUGUACAACAUCGAGGACUGCUUCAACAAAUCGCUCAUCACGACCUUCUUCCACGACGAUUAUGAUUGCGAUCUAUAUAAAACGUCUUGCCGCUUCCUGGAACACCUUAACAGGAGCAUCGCAAUACAGGAAUAUUACAACACCUUUGAAGAUGCCCACCAGGCAGCCAAGCAAGGAAAGGUUUGGGGAUUCAUCUAUUUUGCCAGAAACUUCACCGAAUCGUUACAGGAUGUGAGGGACAAUGUCCGGGAUGCGGAUCCCGGCUCGUUCGAGUCAUCCGAGAUUAAGGUGUAUCUGGACAAAUCCGAUCAGCAGGUGACUUUCUUCCUGGAGAAAAAACUACUGGAAACGUACCGCGAAUUCGCAGAGGGCAUCAUGUCCGAUUGUCAUCUACCGAAGCAGCUAGCGAAUAUUCCUAUUAGCUUCGAGGAGCCCAUCUACGGUACCUUCAAUGAUGAAUUUACCGAUUUCAUGGCACCAGGAGUAGUGAUGACAAUGAUUUUCUUCCUCGCCACGUUGAUAACUGCUACCAUAUUCAUCACCGAUCGAUUGGAGGGAGUUUGGGAUCGAACACUGGUGGCCGGCAUCACAACCCUCGAACUGCUACUGGCCCAUAUCAUAACGCAGACAUCCAUUAUGUUGCUACAAUGUGUGGAAAUCAUUCUAUUGGCGACGUUCAUCUUUGAUGCACAGAAUCAGGGUAGCAAUAUAACGGUCGUUGGAUUGCUAAUGCUAUUAGGCUUCGCAGGGAUGCUAUACGGCCUGCUGAUAUCCAUUUUCUGUGAUGCUCAUUCCACUGCCAAUUUUAUGGCAACUGGAAGCUUCUAUCCUAUGAUAAUCAUGUGUGGAAUUCUGUGGCCAUUGGAAGGAAUGCCCGGCUAUCUGCAGUAUUUAGCAUACGCUUUUCCCUUUACCGUCCCGUCGAUGGCGGUUCGCAACGUUCUCACCAAAGGCUGGAGUAUAACCAAUUCCCAGGUUUAUAUGGGCUACGGAGCUGUCGGCAUUUGGAUCUUCAGUUUGCUGCUGCUGUGCCUCAUAGGGUUAAAAAUUAAAAAAUAAAAUCAGACGAGCUGACACCACCAGGCAAAUUCUCUGCUCAAUGAAUAGCAUUUUAAAAAUAAUUUACUUUGGCUUACAUACAUUCAUAACUAGAUUAAAUUUAAAAAAAAUCCGUACAACAGGUGAACAAGCGGAAAAAUAGGCUAUUGCAUAGAAUUGCAGGUUAUUGUGCAGGCUUAUAGGAAUAUUUCAUAGAAGUAUUAAUAACUGGCGUGCGAAGGAACCCUGCUUUAGAAGCAUUCACGAUUGAUUAAUGAGUUCUCUCUUAAAAUCAUUGUUCAAAUUCAGGUUAAUUAAUCCAAAACAAAAGUCUAAUAUCACUAGCAUCAAAGAGAUAUUGUACAGGAUUAUUUUCUUUAAAAUAUCAAAACAAAAGUCUGUUAUUUAUCGAUUGUAAGUCUAUCGACAUAUUAAUGUGUGAGAAGGUUUGGAUGGUUAGUUAUUUAUUUAAAACAGAAUAAAGCAUAUAAGAAUUAUUUUCAAAAGUGUACCAACAGUUAAACCUCAUAAGGAUUUGUUGAGAAAUUAUUUACAUUUAAUCAGAAUUUAAAGUAGACGGGUUUGAUCGCUAAGUUGCUCAAAAUACAUGAAUAUACUAAUGAAGAACAAUCAUCAGGCCUGGAGAUGCUUUGUAAAAAAGUUUGGUAAGCAUAAACUAGCAAAGGAAACACAAAAGCGAGAACUCGCUUGAUGUGCUAUUUCAUUUUAUGCUUGAGCUUCUCUAAAUUAAUGGAUAUCAGAAAAAGGUUUCCUUGUAAAUAUGUGUGUAUGUACAUUACUGAAGAAUAAUUUGAUAUAAGCUAUAUUUUUUAAUAAAAGCGAAAU